AACGUGUGCUGAAUUGCAAAUAUUUCCGUUUUCAAUAAUCCGGAGCUCAUAAAGUUUUACGCUCGCUUGUGUACUGAGUAGUGUUAAUUGUGGAUGCCUCUGAUGCAAUCGAUAUAGAAUUGACUACAACAAAGUUAUGCGUUGAGUUAUUGCGAGGAUUGAUUCGUACUUAUCUGGAUAUACAGUGAAGACCCGUUUUAAUCAGACACCGAUUUCGUCAGCCUCACUUGAAAAACCCGUUUUAUCACAAAACCCACUGAUUUUAUAAACAUAUAUCUUUAGUAUCACAACUAUUAGGUCAUUAAAUAGAUAUCAAUUAAAUCGCAGAGAAGACAUAUCAAUAAAAGUGCUGUUUUGCAUUUUUGGGCCACACUGUUGAUGAAUAGAAUCAACAUCGCAAAAAAAGCAAAACAAGUUUUUUCGAACAUUUGCUUCCAUACAAACAAGUGUGAGUCGUCGACUAACCAAAUCUUAUGAUUUCAGCCUUGUCAGUAACGUGCUAGAAGCGGUAGAUCAUGGACGUCAUUGUAAAGCUGUGCAUCAUUCUCAGCGUAGUCGGGCUGAUUCGCUGCGCCCCAAAAAACAAGUAUCAUAUUUCAACUUACACGAGCAACUGGUUCGAAGCAGUGGAAUACUGCCACCGGCUUGGCAUGCGAUUGGCCAUUGUGGACUCGGACGAAAAACACGAAGCCAUGGUUAAGGCGGCUGAAGCAACUGGGCUUCAGUCGACCGGAUUCUUCGGUCUAUGGCUGGGAGCUAGUGACCUCGCCCGUAAAGGUUCAUUCGUGUGGCAUGACACCGGUGAACGGGUUAUCUUCGCGAAGUGGAAACCGGGAGAACCAAGUGGCGGGAAUGAGCACUGCGUGAACCUAUACUACUGGAAAGAUCAAGGCUUCACGUGGACGUGGAAUGAUGCUCCCUGUGACGUUAGUUUGUAUGCGAUUUGUGAGGACAGGCAACAGUGUUCGGUGGAAGAGUUUUGAAAGGGAGCUCUAAACAAAUGAUGAAAUCACAACUUCAGUACAGUAGAUUCAACUACAAAAACAAAACGUUGGAUUGCAAUGUACUGAUAAGACGACUAAAUUUGUACUUUACACGAAAGUAAGCUAUAAUAAAAAUAGUCAUGUCAGCA